AUGGCGGACGUUUCUUCGAACACGAACAGAACAGCGGAAACCGUAGCCACUGCCGACCAGGGGACACCUGACGCCCAACAGCCAACUUCUACCAAUUUCCAAGGUGUCCCCCUUUUCAUUGAACCUACCGUUGAAAACAUCGAUCGGCUGAUGUUUGGCAAGGAAAUGCUAUCUAAGUUUCUUUCGCAUCUUUCGCUCACUAGAAAGCUACUCGAUCAGCAACUGGCAAACUUGCAAAACAUGCCUUUGUACUGCAAGAUGGACCUGGCAGCAUCCAGCGGAUGCUUUUGCGGCGGAACGCCGGUGAGCCUGAGAGAGAAGCUAUAUGCUCCCGUGGACAAGUAUCCGGGCUACAAUUUCUUGGGGCGCCUUUUUGGACCUCGAGGAACUACCAUCCGAGAGCUGGAGAAAGAAACGGGAUGCCGAAUAACGGUCGUCAAUUUAGUUCAUGCAGAAACUGAUGCGAACAUACAUCAGGGAAACUGGACAACCCCUUCCGAACAAGUGGCCGUACUCAUAGAGGUAGAGGAUACUAUGAGCGAGGCCAGGGCAAAACUUCAACGAGCCACAUCCAAGGUCUCGAAAAUACUCACCCCUCCACCUUUCGGAAAGGACUGGCUGAAAAGCAGGCAGCUCAGAGAAUUAGCUAUGCUAAAUGGCACGUACAAAGAUCGAAGAGCUGACCGUUCAACUCAACGAACAUCGAUGAGUUCAGCCCCUCCUCAAACCACUGACCGACGAUCUUAA